AUGACUGAACAACUGCGGCAUCAGGAGGGAUCCAAUCUAGUUCACGGUCCUCGUAUGCAACGAUUGACAAAAGCCAUGGAGCUUGCAAUCCAUGGUGUACGCAAGGACUGCAAUUUAGAACGAUUUGCAAACAGCUUCCCUCAACUUGCUCGGGACAAUUCUAAAGCUUUAUCUGAUGCACACCAACUCACCAUGCAAUUCUUUGAAUCGUCUACAAUGGAGUCGUUCAAGGAAUUAGCUCAGCAACGAGAUAUCGUAUCUAAAUUGAAUGCGUUGGAUGCCCUUUUGGAGAAACUCCAGACAUCCACACACUCUCAGCAAUCAGCCCCAGUAUCAAAAAAACGGCCUUGUCCAGACCAGGUAGCUGCAUCAUACAGAUACAACAUCAAGAAACUAGAGCGAGAUCGUCUCAUGGUAAAACUUUCCGAGGCAAAGACAUGUACAGAAUCUCAGUUGGAUCAAAUCGAGGCAAAGCAAAAGCGUGUGCGUAUCUUGAUGCAUGAGCUUGGAGAGAAAAAGAACUUGGCUGUUCCAAUCCCCACUGCUCAGUUUGAUUCCCAAGGGAAUAUUGAUGUGAAUGCCGUUUAAAUAUAUUAUCUGCUGCUUAAA